AUGGGGGCCGACGUCGUCACAACAGAGGAGCGCGCCAAAGCGGAUGCGGCGUCGUCCGGGCUGGCGGCGCCUGCGCUGGGCCUGAACUGCAUCGGCGGCAGCGCGGCGCUGGCGGCGGCGAAGCUCCUCAGGCCGAGUGCCACCCUGGUGACGUACGGCGCCAUGUCCAUGCAGCCCGUCCCGCUGCCCACGGGGCUGCUGCUCUUCAAGGACCUGGCGUUCAGGGGCUUCUGGCUGAGCGGCGGCUGGGCGGCCAGGGCGGAGCCGGGGGGGCGGGCGGAGCUGCUGGACAGGGUGGCGGGGCUGUAUCAAGAGGGGGCGCUGACGGCGCCCAGGCUCCAGCCGUUCCCGCUAUCAAGGUGGCGCGAGGCCUUGGAGGCGAACAGCAAGGCUCACCGCAACAGCAAGGUGGCCUUUGUCGCCGGGUGA